ACCGGAAGCUGGGCGGCCGGCGGCGAGGGGGCGUGAUUGGGAAGGUCCGGCGGCGCCUGCAGCCCGGCCGGGGCGCUGAGGGCCUGGGCGGCAGGUGAAGAGGCGGCCGCGGGGCGGGGAGCGGCCUCCGAGGGUAAGGUGCCGCCGGCCUCAAGAAGGCGACUGGGACCCGCGCAGGCGGAGCGGCCCGGCGGGAGGCCGGGGCCCCCGAGCGCUUGGGCGCGCCGCCUCGGCGUCGGGGCCUGAGAGGGUGGACUCGGGCAGGCGGCCCAGCGCGACUCGAGCACGCCCGCUCCGCGCCCGCAGUGCCCGGCACCGCAGGCCGCUUCGGCACCCCGCGGGCCCGGGCCUGCGAGCCCGCCCCGUCCUGGCUGCCGGCCCCGCCCGGGUGCCGCCCUCACUUCCCGUCCCGUCCACGCCGAGGUUGGGGAGGUGCCUCAGACCACGGAGCUCACCGCCUGCCUCGGCCUCGCCGUUUUGCAUCUGUAAAACGGGUCUCAUGGUUUAGCAUGGACGCUGUUGCUGUCCACAGCUGCCAUCUCCUGCAACAACUGCAUGAGCAGCGCAUUCAGGGCCUGCUUUGCGACUGCAUGCUGGUGGUGAGAGGGGUCUGCUUCAAAGCACACAAGAACGUUCUGGCCGCCUUCAGCCAGUAUUUCAGGAGCCUCUUUCAGAAUUCUUCAAGCCAGAAGAAUGAUGUUUUUCACUUGGAUGUCAAAAAUAUCAGCGGCAUAGGGCAGAUCCUGGACUUCAUGUACACUUCUCACCUAGAUUUGAACCCAGACAAUAUACAAGUAAUGCUGGACACAGCACAGUGUUUGCAAGUUCAGAAUGUUCUGGAUCUGUGCCACACAUUUUUAAAAUCAGCCUCUGAACAGCCCCCUGGCAUGCCUUGUGACAGUGCAUUCUCCCUGCAAAGCACUCUGACCCCGGAUGCCACCUGUGUUAUGAAUGAAAACUACCCUCCUCACUUGCUGCAAGAGUGUUCCGCAGGGGCCCAGCAGGCGAAAGUUCUGGAUGAACCGCAUCCUCAUGCUCCGUCAGUCAGUCUACAUCAUUCCACAGGUGAAAUGGCCAAACAACCCCCCAGUGCUUUAGGCAGCAGCUGCACAGAGCUCCCUUGCAAACAGCCAAGCUACUAUUAUAAACUCAGAGACUUCUACAGUAAGCAGUGCUGUAAACAAGCCGCUUGUCCCAACCAUGAGCGAGGGACAGAGCAGCCUUUUGCCUUCACUUCCUCUGCAGAGCUCACUGUGGUGGAAAGCCAGUCUUGUGCUGUCAGUCAUUCUGAGUGUCUCCUGGAGUCCUCCGAGCACUUGCCUUCAGCCUUCCUGGCCCACCCGCCCACUGACUCCACCCCAGACCCUGAGUCAGAUGGCCCCUGCCAACAACCUACCAAACAGAUGAGGCUCAAAAAGGCUAUUCACCUGAAGAAACUCAAUUUCUUGAAGUCCCAGAAAUCAGCAGAGCAGGCAUCUAAACCCAAGUUGGAUUAUGGUUUAACAAAGAGGACAGAAUCUGCCAGUGAAAAUAUGGUAGAGGAAGCUGGCAGCCGAAGUACUGAAGAAAAAGAAAGUGAAGAACUCAAUUCCGAGAAUUUUAAUUGUGUUAGUGCAGUGGAGCUAUCCGAAGCCCCUGCCCCACUGGAAGACCAGUCCCAGAGUCUUCAUUCACAGAGACAGUACGCAUGUGAAUUGUGCGGGAAACCUUUUAAACACCCAAGCAAUCUGGAGCUGCACAAACGGUCUCAUACAGGUGAGAAACCUUUUGAAUGUAACAUAUGUGGGAAACAUUUCUCUCAGGCAGGCAACUUGCAGACUCACUUACGCAGGCACUCUGGUGAAAAACCCUACAUCUGCGAGAUCUGUGGAAAGAGGUUUGCAGCCUCCGGUGAUGUCCAGCGUCACAUUAUCAUUCACUCAGGAGAAAAGCCACACCUGUGCGACACCUGUGGCCGAGGGUUCAGCAACUUCAGUAACUUGAAGGAGCACAAAAAGACGCACACGGCCGACCAAGUCUUCACCUGCGACCAGUGUGGGAAGUCCUUCAACAUGCAGAGGAAGCUGGUGAAGCACAGGGUCCGGCACACGGGGGAGCGGCCCUACAGCUGCUCUGCCUGCGGGAAGUGCUUUGGGGGCUCGGGCGACCUGCGCAGGCACGUCCGCACGCACACUGGGGAGAAGCCCUACACGUGUGAGGUCUGCAGCAAGUGCUUCACGCGCUCGGCCGUGCUGCGGCGGCACAAGAAGAUGCACUGCCGGGCGGAUGCCCAGAGCCCGGGCGUGCUGGAGGAGCUCAGUCGCGCCAUGGAGACCUCGGACCUGGAGAAGUCUCAGGGCCCCGACUCCUUCUCCCAGGACGUGUCAGUCACACUGAUGCCCGUGUCGGUCAAGCUCCCUGUCCCCCCAGUGGAAAACGCCACCACAGAAUUUGACAGCCACCCGACCGGCUCCUAUUGUAAGUUACGCUCCAUGAUUCCCCCUCAGGGUGCCAGUGACCAGGAGAAACUGAGCUUGGAUGCGGCUAAGCUGACCAAGCCCCAGGGGCCACAGGCCCAGCCCCAGGCCUACGCCUACCCAGACAUGGGCAGCCCGCCCAGCAGCGAGCCCCUGCAGGCCGAGGGCACGGCCAUGGUCCGCUCCUCUCUGGCUGCUUUGGACAAUCACUGCGCUGAUCCCCUGGGCGGCCGUGCGUCUUCCACGGCUUACAGGAACUCAGAGGGACAGUUCUUCUCCAGCAUGACUCUCUGGGGACUGGCGAUGAAGACACUGCAGAAUGAAAAUGAGUUGGACCAGUGACCCCAGGUCAGCACCUCUUGCCCCGGCGAGAUUUUCUCAGUGUGGCCACCUGGUCUCGAGGCCACGGUCCUCCCAUCCUCCUGCACCUGGUCCCUGCCUCCCACCUGAGAAUAUUCAGAUGGGUCCCCUCCUGACAGUGGCAGGUGACCUGCUGACCCCCCUGGAGGCGGGCCUGGGAGUGGGGCUCCCAGAGCCCAGGGCAGGAGAGGCCAUCUCGUCCCUUCAGCCAGUGAGGGAGCGCAUGCUUCUUGUCAACUACUGCACACUUCGUGUCAAAGGAAAAAUCUAUGUAUGAUAAUACAAACGUUAUUUUUGCAUUUUUACAAGAUUGAAAUUUUUAGCAUCUUGUAUUUUUAUUUACAGAUUCUAUUUGUAUAUGAAACAUAAUUUAAUUUGAAUAAACAACUCG